AUGCUGUGGAUAUUUCGUUAUUUUCUUGUCUGUGUUUCGGUCACCAACCCUGUAAUCGCUGAGGAUCAAUGCAGGGUAGAAAUUAACAUUCGUGGCAUGGCUCUCAAAGGUUUCGUUUUCAAGAGAAUGACAGUAGCAGCUCCUCAUAUCUGUGAUAUCUUAUGUGAAAGGGAAAUUACCUGCCAGAGCUAUAAUUUCAACAGAAAAGAACAGAUCUGUGAAUUAAACAACCGCACAAAGGAAGCAAGACCCGAGAAUUUCCGCUCAGACCCAGCGUGGUUUUAUAUUCGCCGUUUAAACGGAAGAGGUAAGAACUUAACAAGCACUUUGAAUAAAAACCAUGCUGCUUACAGUCCGUGUUUUCCAAUCUCCUGUGCCCUUUGGUAUCAAUUUCUCUAUCAAAAUAGAAAAUUUCAUCCUUUUCUUUUUUCUUUUAAGUUUAAAUAUUUGUUAACUUCCGUUUAAAAAAAAAAACAGCUGUGAUACAUGUAUAAACAUUGACAAAAAAUGAUUGCGUCAUUUCUACAAGAAGCUUAAGGUCAGUAAAGAACUUUGAAGAAUUGGAAGCUCAAACGAAGGGUUUAUGCGAGAGGGGGUCCUGUCUUCCUAGAGGGUUGUGCUUGACAGAACGUUGAAAUAUUUCACAACCAAAGAAGGACAUUCAAGUGAAUGGAAUUCGAGCUUCAUUCUUAUUCUCUCGUGCUUUUCACUUUUUCCUUUCCAUCUGCGCGUACGAAUACUUUAUUUUCAACAUUUUUACCCGUACCAGCUCCCUUGGGUUCGAUACAGGAGUUACCAGCACGUUCAUGCCGUGAAAUAACAGCAAGCGAAGGGAAAGACACCGCAAGCAACAAAUACUGGCUGGAUCCAUCUGGCACUGGGAAGGCAGUGUUGGUUUACUGUGAUAUGAAUUUGGAAGGU